UUGUCUAUGGUUUAAUUAUUGUAGUGACUGUGUACGGUAAUGAUAGCCAUGUGUUUAUUUCUACCACAGAUAAGUUCCGUUCCUACGAUAAUAUUUAAGCUAAGUUAACUUCGUUAAUCUUUCAAAAAGUCUCGAAGGUAAUCUGUAUAUUAUUUGUUUGUUAUACAUUAAAUCACCAUGGAUGAUGAAUGUGAGUCGUAUAAAUUGUGGCGUAUUCGCAAAACAGUAAUGCAGCUUUGUCAUGAUAGAGGUUAUUUAGUGACACAGGAUGAAUUAGAUCAAACAUUAGAGCAGUUUAAAGAACAAUUUGGAGAUAAACCAAGCGAGAAAAGACCAAGCAGAAGUGAUUUAAUUGUUCUUGUGGCACAUAAUGAUGAUCCUACAGAUCAAAUGUUUGUAUUUUUCCCUGAAGAACCGAAAAUUGGUAUAAAAACUAUUAAAACAUAUUGUCAAAGAAUGCAGGAAGAAACUAUUACUAGAGCAAUUAUUGUAGUACAGCAAGGAAUGACUCCUAGUGCUAAACAAUCUUUAGUGGAUAUGGCACCAAAAUAUAUCUUAGAACAGUUUUUGGAGUCCGAACUACUUAUAAAUAUUACAGAACAUGAACUAGUUCCUGAACAUAUUGUGUUAACACCAGAUGAAAAGCAAGAACUAUUAUCUAGAUAUAAACUAAAAGAAAAUCAAUUAAUGAGAAUUCAAGUUGGUGACCCAGUCUCUAGGUACUUUGGGUUAAAAAGAGGACAGGUAGUAAAAAUUGUCAGAAAUUCUGAAACAGCUGGACGUUAUAUUUCAUACAGAUUAGUGUGCUAAUUUUAUUAUAUAUUUAUGAACCAUAUUUUUAUAAAUUUUAACAUAACUAUGUUUUAGUUUAAAUAAAAUUUAACUUUCCUGUAUCUUGUAAUUAAUAAAUGUUUUCUUGUUGCAAGAAA